AAUAUAAUCACUGGGAGCGCUAAGACCAUCUACAGUGUUGUUGAUAAGCGAGAAAACUUGUAGUCCGACCCCCGUCACCCGUCCACCAUGUCGUGACCAGUCCAUUAUAUAUCUUAGUCCGUGGUCGUAUCGACGUCACAUCGACAUUCGGUCAGGGUCAUUGUUUUUCAUUUCCUUUCUAUCGAAAAAACAUGUUUCAAAUGCGUUUUCUUAUCGUUAUUAUCAAAAUUUCACAAUAACAUCGGCCACAUUCUACAACUUGCUACAAUAACAACGAAUUAACGAUUAAAAUAAUUUUGUAUAGUAUCAUUGACAGGUGUUUAUGACAUUAAUUUAUUAUUAACUAAUACGUUUCUUUUCUUUUGUGCGGUUUUCUAAUCUUUUUUCUUUAUUAUACAAUUUUUAUUUUAUUAUCGCAAUAUUAAAACUUUUUGGUUGUCGGCGUGAAAAUAAUAGUGACUUUAUUGCACAUGAAUUCCAUCGUUCUAUCGCAUUUUAAAAGUGUUUAGAAAAUAAAAAACCAUGCAAAACGUUAUUAACUCCGUAAAAGGCACCGCAUUAGGUUUCGCUGGAUUUUUGACUCCAAUCUUAAAGGUAAUAUAUAUCUACUUUUUAAAUAAUUUCCUAUUUACGUGUACGAUAUACUUAAUAUAUUAUUUAAGUAUGGAUGAUAAUAGUAUGCAAUUUAUAAUUGUAUUACCUAGUAUUUCAUGUUUAUAGAGAAUAUAUUGCGGUGAUAUAACAUGUUAAGAGAAAGCUAGAAAUGAUGAAAUAGUUAAGAUAUCUAAGUUUUGAUGGAAGUAGGGAAGAGAUAAUUAAAAAAAAAAAUAUGAUUGAGGUUAUUGGGGAAAAUUUUAGAAAAUGUGGAAUGGAAGAAAAAAUAUUUGUAGUCAAGAAUGAGGGUACAGUUGAACCAGUUGACAUGAGAUAAAAGUGUAGACGAAGAAUUUUGAAUAAAAAUAAAAUUGUCUUCUAUGUGUUAAAAAAAUUGAAUAACGUAUGGAUUUUUUUGUAGGAAUCAAAGUUUAAAGAAACCGGUGUAGUUACACCACAAGAAUUUGUUAUUGCCGGUGACCAUUUAGUGCAUACGUGUCCGACAUGGGAAUGGGCACGCGGUGAUGAAUCCAAAACUAAAUCUUAUUUGCCAAAAAACAAACAGUACUUAAUUACAAAAAAGGUCCCAUGUUUACGCAGAUGUAAACAAGUAAUACACCAACUUACCAACAAACAAUUCUAGUCGUUCUGAAAUAAUUUUAUACUUUUUAAAUUUGGUUAAUUUAUUUUGCCCAGAUUGAAAAUUGUGAAGUUCAAGAAAAUAUUGUUGAAGACGAAGACGGAGAUGAAGGAUGGGUUGAGACUCAUCAUUUAGAUUCUUCACUCUCACCUUUAUGUGGGGAAAUGUCUGAAGUAUCAUUUGAAGUAUGUAAACUCUUUUAUUAUUAAAUUAUUACAAUACAUAACCCUUUUUAAAAUGAUUGUCAAUGAAAUAUUAACUAUCUUAUCAUAUGACAAUCAAAUUUAUUUCAGAUAGGUUAUCAAUGGUUUAUAAAUUAUGUUGACUAAUAUCUAAAUACUAGUUUUAAAAUGUAUUUAAUUUAUUUUAGACAAAUCAAUUAACUAUAAAUAAUUGCAUAAUCUAAACCUAUUAAUGUUAUUUGAAGAUUUAAAUUUACUACAUUGUUUGGUUGAAAAUUUAAAAUAUCUUUCAUUCAUAAUCUAUUUUCAUAAUAUUUUUUUUUUUGGUUUCCUGAAGUUCAAUUUUAAAUAUAAUUGAACUCUGUUGUUUCUUCAGUAGUUGUAUUUAUGAUCUUCAAUGAUCUAUUAUAAUCACUGACAAAUAUAAAAUGUUAUACUGGUGUUCUAAUAUAUUAAUAUUUUUGUGUUUGUAGGACAACAAUUCCAAAAACGAAAAUCAAAAAAAUGGUAAAUAUAUGCUAUCAAAAAUAUAUCCACAAAAAAUAUAAUGCAUACAGUGUGCCUUACCAUGUUCAACAGAUUUUUCCAAUGCUGUUAAUAUUACAUUUUUUUUUUCUAUCGAUUUGUCUUUUAGUGGACAUAGAUUUGAAGAAAAAUUAAUUUUUAUUUUCAUCCCUAAAACAAAAAAACAAAAAACUUUUUAUUUUAAAAAAAUGUCAAAAUAGCCAUAUGGUAAAAAAAUGUUUAACUUAUCCUACAUUCAUAUCCGAUUAAUAGUUUUUUAAUUAUAGCCAUUUUUUUUUCUAGAAAAUAUGUGUGAAAACAAUUAAUAGUCAAUAGAAGAUAAAGAAUUACCAUGCUGAUUGUAAUUCCUAAUCAUAUAACAUGUUAUUUUAUUGAAUAUUAAUUGUUUUUACGUCUAAUUAAAACGGUUAUAACUAAGAAAUUAUUCAUUGGAUAUGAAUGUGUGAUACAUCAAAAUUGUUUGAAUAAUAUUUUUUGCUAUUUUGAAAAUUUCCUAGUGUGAAUAAUUAAAGUUACUUUUUGUGUGUGUGUGUUUAGGGGAUGAAAAAAAAAUUUUCUUAAAAUUGAUGUCCCCUUCAAAAAAAAUAAAUGAAAAAAAUUUAAUAUUAACAGCGCUAGAAAAAUCUGUCGAAUAAGGUGGGACACAAUGUAUAGUCUGUUUCAUGAAAGAAAGGUAUCACCAUUAUCGAAUCCCUUUGCUGUAUUAGGUAGAGGUGAGGUCUAAAUGAAGAGCAAUUUAGAGGGAAUGCACGUCUCUGAAUAGUUUUCAUUAAAACAGUACUUUUCUUUCGUGUGACAGAGUAUAGUAAUGUUAAUAUUAAUAAUGGUGAUAUUCUCAAAUGUAUUGUGUAGAUUAUGACACUGAUAAUGAUGAUGAUGAUGAAGGUGAAGCUGUGGAUAUGGAUUCAUUUGUAGAAAAUGGUUUUCUUGAAGAUAAUGAUUCGGUAAAUUUAUGUUUUUUUUUUAUGCUGUGUAUAGGGGUGUUCCAUAAACAUUAAUAAUUAACAAAUUGGGUACUAAGUAGUUGUCCAGUACAAAAUAUGAUAUUGGUUACUCGGAACAUCUUUAAAUUAAUUAUAUUUUUAAAAUUUUAAUAUUUAAAAUGCAAUUUUUUUGAUAAAUGAUACACCUAUGUUUACCUAUUUGUAGUGGUUAAAGUGGGGAGACAUUGAAGAAAGAAUGUUUCUUCUUUUUAAGUCUAGAGAUAUGCUUUCUAUGGUUUUCUUGAUAAAAAUGCAAAUAAUUAAGUAUUUACUUAGGGCUAGUGGCUAAGCCAUCUAGUCACAGCUAGCUAGUAAUAACUAAGUAAUACAAAAUCUAGAAAAAAAUUGAGUUGAGUAAAUAUUAAAUAACACUGCUGGGUAAUGAGUAAGUCAGCAGAUACAGAAUUUGAUAUCAAGUACUCAGUUAGGAAUCGAUGACCGAGUACCCUGAACAUUUCUACUCUUUGUAUAUAUAUUAUUAAAUAGCCAACCUAGGUCAUGCAUGUUUUAAAUACAUAGCCUAGGUCCUGUGAAUAUAUUAGAUCAGGUUUCAGCACUUGACAAUUUUUAGACAAUAAACUUUAUUUAUUUAUAGAAACACAUAUUAUUAAAGUAUUAUUUAUUUACUUGUAUAGACAUUCAAAUAUUAUUAUAUUGAUAUAUUAACUAAUUUAUUUGUAGACAUUGUAUUUUUAUUAUUAUUAUUAUUUAUUGACAUAUUAACUAAUUUUUUUACAGAUAAAUUAUUGUUAUUAUUUUUUAUUGACAUUUAUUCUUAUUCGUGAUUUAUAAGUAAUAUUAUCCAGUAUCAUAUCAGGUAUCUUCUAUUUAAUACAUACAUGACCUAGGUCAAGUAUUUAAUACAUCUACAGUGUGUUUUUGAAUUUAAAAUAUGUGUAAGGUCAGUGUUUAAAUAUUGUGUAUAAUUGAUUUUUUUUUAAAAUUGCCCUUCAAUUCACAUUUUAUAUAAUUCUAAUAGACCUUGUUAUGCCUUUUAAUAUUUUUAACUACAGAGGGUUGCAAUUUUAUAGUGAUGGUAAUUUAACUUUUGAAAUUCACUUGUAUUAGAAUUAUUUAAUUGAAUAAAAUUAAUAAUUUUAAGAAUUAUACAUGCUUUAUAUAUAUUUUAUAUAGUUAAAAGAAAAUCUUGAAGCCAUAAUUUUUUAUUGACUUAAUGGUUAAUUUAUUUUUUAGAUAGCUGUUUAUUCAGAACAAAAAAGAGAAAAAAAAUUGUCAGUUUCAUCUAUUUCGGAUAAUGUAAUAAAAACUCGUACUUAUGAUUUACAUAUUACUUAUGACAAAUUUUAUCAAACUCCAAGAUUGUGGCUCUAUGGUUAUAGUGAAGUGAGUUUUAGAAACUGAUAACUUAUAUAUAUAUAUAUAACAAAUUUGAGACUUUUAAAAUAUUCAGUUAUAGAUUUUUAAUAUUUAAAUGAUAAAUUAAAAUAAUUUUUUUUUUCAAAUUUUAGAACCAAAUACCAUUGAAUGUUGAAGAAAUGUAUGAAGAUGUGAGUCAAGACUAUGCAAAGAAAACAGUUACCAUGGAAAUUCAUCCUCAUAUCCCAGGUCCUCAAAUGGCUUCUAUACAUCCUUGCAAGUAUGUAUACUUUCAAUAAUAGAAACAUAUUAUUAAACUAAAUUUAAAAAUGUAUAAAAAAAGUUUUUAUAAUAAUUAACGGUGUUCAAUAUUUACAGGCACGCAGAUAUUAUGAAAAAACUGAUUCAAACGGUGACAGAAGGAGGCAAAGAUUUAGGAGUACAUAUGUAUUUGAUUAUCUUUUUGAAAUUUGUUCAAUCUGUCAUACCCACUAUAGAUUAUGAUUAUACACAAAACAUAAAUUUAUAGUAUUGAUCAUUAGUUACAACAUUGAAAUAAUGUUUUAUGUAAAUGUCAUAAUAAAUUACAUUUUGAACACAUUUAUUUAUAAAAUUAUCAAGUUGAAUUAAUUAUAACAUAAAUAUUAUUUAAACUGUUGCCAUAAAAUAAUAACAUAUUUUAUUAUUGUAAUAUAAUGCAAUUCUUAAUAUUUAACUUUUAUUACAUACAAAAUCGGUUUUAUUAUGAAUAAAAAUUAUGAUUAUUUUUAACAUUUUAAGAAAAUCUUUGUACAAAUGUGUGAAAACAUAUGAUAAAUUAAAAUGUUAAUUUAUUUUAUCAUUGGAUAAAAUAUUCAUAUUUUUAUUUUAUAGGAUAAGCUAAUACCAUGAGUAUAGAUAAUACUAUCUAUACUAUUAAUAUUAUGAUAUUUAAAAAUGUAUGUUUUUUAAUGUUUAAUAUGUUUUUAAGUUUUAAUAGUUGCCUAUAUACUCAAUAAUUACAAAAAUGUUGACAUACUUAGCAUAAGGUUAAGUUAGGUCAUAAUGUUUAAAAGUUAUAAAUGUUUACAAUUUAAAAGUGUUAAAAUAUUUAUUUAAUUGUUUUAUUUAAAAUUACUGGUACACAAUUGCCAUAAACACAAUCAAAUUAAACACAUUUUAAGAUAAAACUUACUUAUAUUUUAUAUAGGAUUAAAUAUUAUCCACCAAGGAUUAAUGAAAUAUAUCUAUAUGACAUUUUUUAUUGUUUUUGAGGAAGCUUUU